ACACCCACCAAAAUAUCUAUCCAUCUCUUGCCUCUCGCCUUCUAUAUAUGUCGGUCAUUGCGACGCCUACCCUUUCCUUCUCUUCAUUUGCCUUCUGCUGUUUGAUUUGUUUAUUGCGAGAUUGAUAUUUGAUUCGUCUUCUGAUUUGAUUGCAAAAUUCUCUCGGAUUUCAGUUUGCUCUUCUGAAUAUUUCUUCCCUUUCGUUUCUAUUUGCUUCGUGGUGUUUGUGGCGUUCGGCUUGUUUUGGAAGUGAAUUUCGGUGCGACGGAGAGCUCAGGACUUUGAAUCUACCUGCGAUAAUCUCUAAUUUUUUUCUAUAUUCUCCUCAUUGGACGAAGCUUUUUUAGGUUUCUCGAUGUCAAACCCUAGAAAAGACGAGUCGAUUGCCAGCAACGUUAACGAUGGCGCCGAUGGUGCCGAUCGUGAUAACGUGCAAGAAUUCGGGUACUCGUCUAAUGGUGUCGAGGUUUCUGGUGGUCCGCAUGCUUCAACCAACGAGAUUAAUCUUACGGAGCGGUUGACUGAUAUUCUUGUUGAUGAAGGAGAUGGCGAUCUGUUGCUUCAGCAGAGCGAUCGGGAAGAUAGGGUUAUACGGUGGCUUCAGGCGCUUGAUAUGCAAGUCAUGGGUGCUUGUCGGGCCGACGAAAGGUUGAAGCCGUUGCUUAAGAUGUCUACGUCAAGCGGCAUAGCAGAGGAUCGCCUUCUUGCCCAAUUGAGUCAGCAUUUUGAGCCGGUUGAAGUUGGCAUUCUGGCAAGGUGUUUCUGUAUACCUCUCGUCUCGGUUCGUGUUGGAAAAAUUGAAAAGCGAGGAUCACUUCUUUGCCCGACGACUACAAGGGGAAACUUAAAUCUAAUGAUCGUACCAUCAUCCGACUUUCGACUCUCAUUUAUUGGGGAUAAUGGCCACGUGGAGAGACUAUUCACUCUAAGCAACAGAGUGUCCAGUACGGCCAUUAUAAUUGAUGAGAUCCGAUCUGAUCAAUCUGGGCGUUCAUUUGUUAUUAAAGCUAAUGAUCAAGAUGUCUAUUUUUGGUGCUCAGAGAAAUCAAAGCUCUUGGGAAUGGAACUACUUCUGAAGAUGAAAGAUUUACUGCAAAGGAGACCCUCUAUUUCUGAAUUGACUGGAAUCAGUGAGUCACGUCUUGGUUGCUUUGCAACACGCCUUCGUGCCUAUCUUGUGGAGUCAACUGUUAGCCACCAUCCAGCUAGUUCUGCAGACUCGCAUUCUUUGGUAAAUACCACAAGAGAACUAUCUCAGGCAUCUCAUUUUGGACAAUCAUCUGCAUCAUCAAAAUCUAUGCGGUCAAGAAAUUCUGGUAGUCCAGCAGUUAAAGCAAAUUCUGCACACCAGGGUAGUCUUAGCCCCAGGUCUAAUUCAUUUAAAGAAGGCCUUCCUAAGACGUUGGUUUCUCUGAGAGAUGCUGCUAGGGAAAAGUUCAGGAGGCGUGGAGACAACUUGGCCUUAGACAACCAUAUUGUUGGUUCAUCGCUUGGCACUGAUGCAUUUUGUGUUCAUUCUGAAGCUCCAAAUACCGAUUCAAGUAAUCCAUUAUCCCCCUCGAAUAUUUUGGAAUCAUUUGGAAAAUUAGCUGCUCCAGCUCCCGCAAGUUCAUCUCAUGCUCCUUGUGUAGUUUCACCUCUCUUUACUCCUUACUAUUGUUGGUGUCCUCCUGGUGCAUCAUCAAUUCUGCAGCGAAGGGAAGAACCUUCUCAACUCCCCACCUCAUCCAUUAGUUCAUUUUCUCUUCCACCUUUUCCUUCGCUGUUGCCAGUAACUACAUCUGCAAACUUGUCGGUUCCAGCAUCACCUUUGAAUUUAGUUGAUGCUCCGUCAGUGGAUUUCCCUGCUCUAUUUCCAGAGCCAUUGGUCCAUUUGCCUCUAAAAACCUCUCAGCAGAUCCCGACCUUUACUCCUUUAUUCUGUGAUCCAAUUGUUCAUGUUCCUGUAAUUGAUGUUUGCUCUUCGGGUCAAGGAUACCUUGUUAGCGCGGGCCCUACCAUUUCAACCUCCAUUCCGCCACUGCAUCCUAAACUAGUGAACCCAAUGAUACCUGCUACUGAUGUGGAAAAGGAUGCUAGAGAGACUCUGCGUCUGCUCAUCAGUGGUUCAAGCCAGGGUAACCCGCAGUUGAUGAACGUACUCCCUGUUGUUCUAACAGAUACAGAAGCAAGUCAAGGUAUAUUUUUAACUGGAAGCCGUGGUCUGUAUAGUAAUGCACGAGACAUCGACGCAAUUGCAAACAGUAUUGCUUCUAUUGGCAUUGUGUCACUUCCAGGGCAAUCCACAAGUGAGAAUGUUGGGAAGAGAUUUAACAUUGACGAUUUGAGUGACCAUCCAGAUGACAGCAGUGAUUCAGAAAGCUCUUGUUUUGAUGGUGGCAAUGAGCAGUCUCACUCCAAGGAAAGGAUGUCUGGUUGAUAGAAAUUUUACCUACAUACAUUCGUUUCUUCUUUGUAGAUCUUGGUCGCUUUUGUUGCCUUCUGGUAAAAUGUAGAUAUGGUUGCCUUUAUAUUUUGAGUCCUAAUUAGCAUAGGUAUUCACCAAAAGAGGUUGGUGAGUUCUUCGUUCUCUCUUUUGUACGUCAAUAGUUUUACUGCCUAUCUUGGUAUAUGUUAGCGUAUGAGUUCUUCUCAAUUAAUUGGUUUGGCUAGUGUUCAUGUUAGCGUAGGUCUUCAACAAGAAUGCUAGUUAUUUAGAUUAGAAAAACACUUACUCGUGUUGACGUGCGGUUUGUUUGGGAUACAUCCUUUGGAAUUCGAAAACAUCAAAUUCUGUUAUUCUAUCAAA